CGGCACUUGCAUCACUGCAAUAGGAAUUACCUAUGUUUAUAUAUGGGAAUUAGAAGGGAUUUUGUAUGCACUGGGGAUUCCAUCCAGUGCAACAUGAGUCCCCCUCCCUUAAUGCUCUUCUAUUGGCUGAGAUGCUCAGGAUUGGUCAGACAGUGAUCAGCUGGUGCGUUUCCCUACUCGCUCACAUUGGCACCUCGCCACCCCCCUUCGGCUAAAACCAAACCUCACAUAAAGUAAUGGCAAAACACACUUGGACUAUAAAACACAACAAAUCAUAACACUCGCACAAUAACAUUGGCCACCCAAUGAGUUCCUACUUUGUCAACUCAACUUUUCCCGUGUCUCUUGGCGGGGGACAGGAUUCUUUUCUGAAUCAGUUACCGUUAUAUUCUUCUGGAUAUACCGACACUUUGAGACAUUAUCCAAGCGCCACGUUCGGAGCGAGCAAUGUCCAGGAAAAAGUGUACUCCAACUCAUACUACCAGCAAGCUAGCGGAGUGUUCGGGAGAAGCGGCUCAGGCGCUGCUUGCGAUUACGCUGCGUCCAGCAUAUACAGAGAGACGGAGCGCUCACCGUGUCCUCUCGGAGGCUUGGAGGAGACGCUGGCUCUCACACAGGGGCAUAGCAAGACGGAGGGCUCGGAGCACACUUCAGACACUUAUUCUUACAGCGAAAACAAGCCCUGUGCCCCUGUUUACCCGUGGAUGCAGAGGAUGAACUCAUGUAGCGGCAUUCCUGGCACCACUGGCCGCAGGGGUCGUCAGACAUACACUCGAUUUCAGACUCUUGAGUUGGAAAAAGAGUUCCAUUUUAAUAGAUAUUUGACGAGAAGGCGCAGGAUUGAAAUUUCGCAUGCUCUGUGUCUAACAGAGAGACAGAUAAAGAUCUGGUUCCAGAAUCGGAGAAUGAAGUGGAAGAAGGAGAAUAAAGUAAUGAACUCUGAAAAGACCAGCGAAGAGGAGGAUGGUGGAAAGACUGGAUAG